AAAUGCCGCGAAAUUUUUCAUUUACCAGAACCUAAAUACAUACCUAGCAGUGAAUUUUGCAUACUGUACCUAUCAUUUUUUAUUUCGUGACCAAUUUUGCGUACUAGCUUAACUCCAAAAAAUAUAAAAACAAAGUAUAAUUUAGUAACACAAUAGUUACAUAGAACUGAACCAUGCCGAGAAAAUCUAAAAAGAAAAAUAUGCAGCUGAAGCAAGUGACAACCAGACUUAUGCAGGUCAGUUUAAUUCUUGACGAUUACAUAUACAAACAUGGUACGAUAAUAACGGAGAUGGAUGCCGAGAAAUACAUAAAAGAGGUUGCAUCUUACAAAAUGAUUUGCAAGCAACAUGCCCAAUCUUUGCAGGUAAUAGAAAAGAUCACAAGAUGUAUGAAAGCGAUAAUACUCGAGCGACAAGAAAACAAAGCAAAUGAAAAAAAAACUACUACAAUCAAUUUUGCAGAUAACAGUAGUAUUGAAAAAGAAAACGGCAGGUUACAGAAUAGAGAUUUAUCCCCAGUUCGUUCUUUACUUGAUGAAGAUGCAACUCAGCUAUCGCAGGACAUAUUGUCAAAUACUGAUGGCUACUGGAGUGAUUGCGAUAAAAUAGAUAACGCAAGUCAACCCUUAAAUACAAAUUUGUGUAAAAGCUCAAGUAAAUGUUCUAAACACGACCAAGAGAAUCUUGAUUUAGAAAAAGCUAUUUCUAUUAUAUCAUUACAUGAUGACGAAGAAGCAUUGGACACUAACUGUGAAUAUUCUCAAAGCGUACUUAAGAAUUUUGAUAUUGAUCCGCACAACAAUAAUUCUUCUGUUAAUAUUGCACCCGUUGUGAGCAAUAUAGAUACCAAGCAUUUACAACUUAACUUAAACAAUGAAAGGACUGAAACUAUUUCUAAAAUAACAAAAACAAUUGAAAGAAAUAUAAAUAUUACAUUCGAACGCGCGAAUCCUCCAAUAGUACAUGUUAAAGAGUACGAACAGACAAAUACUGAAUCACAAAAUACAUUAAAUACAAUUGCUGUUAAUAAAAACUGCUCUAGUUCUACAAAGCCUCUUAAUAUUACUGAAGAGAAAGACCGAAAUUUUCGUAAACGUAAAUUUAAAGCGCCUACCAAAAUUAAAGUAGACACGACGGCUUCUGUCGCUGAAAUAAAAAGCAAAAGAAUUAGAAAAAAAGAUCAACAACAAUCUCUUUUGAUAAAUAAAGCGAAGGAUGCACCUAAAAGGCGAAAUAAACGAAAUAUUGAUAAGAAAGCAGAAAAAAAGAAAAAUGAUUCUGAAAAUAAAUCUGGUAAUGUUAAAACUGUUCAGACAGACGCUGCUACUUCUAAAGAUCCUAUGGAUUCGGAACUGUCGUGGCUAGAACAAAUUAAAUACACAAGAAUUGUGAAUAGCAACGAAUAUGAAAAAACCAAUUUAGAUGAAUGUUUUUGGGACAAUCUAACUUUGCCUAAUAACUGGAGUGACCAGAAUAAUUUUUGUGAUUAAUUUUUAUACAACGGGAAAACUUUUACUAGUGCGAUUUAUCUUUAAUUCCAAUUAAAGUUGCUUGUUUUUUUUC